AUGGACAGGCCAGGCAAAGAUGUCGUGCAGCUUUUCGUGCCAGAUUGUCUCGGCACGGCUUUCGUAGCAAGUCCGCGGAUCCGGAAGGAGAACGCUGUCAUCCGGGUUGUGCGGAUUGGCUCACUCCACGGCAAAUGCAGUGUGGAUUGGGAGACAGUUGACGGUUCUGCAGAGGCAGGCCAGAAGCGACUUGGCCCUCAAGAAAGGUACAAAGCAGCUUCUGGCAAGCUUGACUUCAAUCAUGGUGAGUCUAUUCGAUCUUUAGAGGUAGAAAUCAUUGAUGAUGACCUUUACGACUCCACACUGGAGUUGCAAGUUGUGCUUACGGGCGCGGACGGUUGUGUCAUUGACCCGGUUGGCGCAUGCUCGUCUAUCAUGAUCAUGGAUGACGACAUGUUUCCCUCAAACAGACUGGAGGAUGACCUCCAAAAGGAGGACGAGGCUGCGUUAUAUGAUAAAGGGUGGACAGUGCUAUGGGACUUCAUGUGUUUCUGCUACGGCCACGUUCGCGAAAUUCGGUGGAAGACCAACGUUGUCCUCUUGCUUUCCAUGCUGGGAAAUGCCUACUACCUGUCCACGAUAUUCAUCCGUGUGAAUUUGGUUGACACUGUCCUUAACACCGCUGAUGCUGGUACCUCAUCACGGCUGAUUGUUCCUGGGAACAGAGAUGCCAGUGCAAUGGCACUGGCUCUUCUAUGGAUUCUUCCUAACUUCAUCUUGUUGGGCUCGGACUACUUCGAAAUGAAGGUUCUAGAAAUGGGCUUCAACAUCCGCUAUUACUUGCGAGUGAACCUGUUCCGAAGGUAUCUCAACUACACAGACAAAUCUCGCGCACGCGUGCCUAUCCAAGACCUGAAAAUCAGCAUGAUGGAUGACAUUCCGGAGCUUGUUUCGCAGGGCUACCUGAUCGUUUUCGAAUUGUGGGCGAUGCUGGGCAAGAUUGUGUGCAUCGCGUACUUCAUGUUGCGGAAGCACCCAGAAAGUGCCACCCCACUCUUCGUGUACCCCAUGAUCAUCAUGCUCUACUUGCAGUGCACGUACCAUAGGCGACUCGCACUGAUGGCAAAGGAAGGCGAAGGGCAGAGUGACACCACAGGAGCAGUUAUGGACUUGAACACCUCCCGUCGGGUGCUGCACAUGUACGGUGAGAAUCCAGCUGCGGUUCGCAAUUUCGAGGGGCUUUUGCGUCACCAGCGCAGCCUUACGAUGGAUCUAAAAAGAUUCCAGUUCUGGAACUCUCAAGUUAUUCCGUGGAUCACUCUCCUUGCGAUCGGCACCUACAUGGGGCUGUCAACCCGUGUUGUUCUGAGCGGCAGCACUUCUCUUGGAUCCUUCCUGGCUACCAUCAACGUUUAUAAAGACCUGGGCGAUCGGUUCUCCACGAUUUUGCGUGGCUUCUCCGCUCUCAGCAAAUCGAUCUCUCCCUUGUGCGGAAUUUGUCUCCAGAUGAAUUUCGAAACCGACCUGCCGGCGAGGCGUGCUAUCUUCAAGGCGCGAGAGUCGUUUGUCUUGGACUGGGUGGAAAAAUCGGCAGCCAAUACAAGCCUGGAUGAAAUCCCCAUCGCCUUUGCGGAGGCCACCGUGCUGCACAGCCCUGCUAUGAACACUCGCAACAAGGCACUGACUACAGAGGCACGACAGGGAGCCAUCAUCCAGAUCGCUGGUCCUCAUGACACUGGAAAGAUGACAAUCCUGCAGCUUUUGUGCGGCCAGCUGCGACCAAGCUCUGGCGAGGUCCUGGUUUCACCUCACCUCGAGAUCCUGUACAUUCCCCAUGAGCCGCUGUUCAUUCAAGGGCAGGGCCUCUUCAACAACCUUCACAUGAUCAGCACGCUCCAGGAGUUCCGGAACGUGAACGUUGAACGAGGCUUUCGAAUCCUUCAUCGCUUGCGCCUUGACAAGCCUUGGAUCAAGGAGCUAUAUGAUGCCGAAGCUGCAGGCUUGCAAGAGGCUGCGGAAGCGCAUCCCGGUUUAACAGAUGCUGCCUGUGGAUGCUUUGACGAACUCGAAGAAGAGGAGGAGGAGAAAGAGGAGGGUGAGGAGGAUGAGGAUAGUGAUUCUUGGAUGGAAAGGCUGAGUUCCAGCGAGCAGUGGCGUUUUCAACUGGCACGAGCGUUCGUGUCUAAUCCGCAUGUCUUGGCCAUCAGCCGUCCCGUCCAAGAACUAGAUGAAGACAUGAGGCAAACCGUGUUGUCUUGUGUACAGGAUUUCAUCCGUCACAGAGGUUUGGAGAUGAAUGAUGGUUCAGACUUCCAGCAGCGGCGCCCGCGCACGGUGAUUUUCACGACUGGCAGCACUGUCCGUAUUGAUAUAGCAGACUAUGUGUGGCGACUGGGGGCUGACAGUGGUGUUGUGAUCGAGAAGUCGCCUGCGAACAUUCCUCAGCCGGCCUCUGUGGCACAGUCAGGAGGCGUUCAGCGAUAUCAACAGCUUCCACCGUAUAGUCGGCCCUUCACCUAG